CUUUUCGUUCAAAACCGCACCGCGCGGCUUCUGACCUUCUCAGGCUAUCUUCUCCUUCUCUCGGCGUCGCCCGCUUCUCCGGCCCUUGCAGUGUUCAGCUCUCCGGUGACAUUAAGAAAUUGCUUAAGGAGAUAGAAAGUAUUUGGGGUUGAGAUAAAAUGAGCGGAAUUGAGAAAGGAUCAACCACUACCAAGACCCCUGCAGAUUUCCUGAAAUCCAUUCGUGGGCGUCCUGUCGUUGUAAAGUUGAAUUCUGGCGUCGAUUAUCGAGGUAUUCUAGCUUGUCUAGAUGGCUAUAUGAAUAUUGCCAUGGAACAAACAGAAGAGUAUGUCAAUGGGCAACUGAAGAACAAAUAUGGUGAUGCAUUCAUUAGAGGGAACAAUGUUCUGUACAUCAGUACUUCAAAGAGGACCCUAGCUGAAGGGGCGUAGUAUGUAACACUGCUGAGCAUUUUCAAGACUUGUGACCUUCACCCAAUGUUACGCGAAAGCUUUGUUUAAUUGUUUGCUUUUGUUUCUGUAGUGAAAUUGUAGUUUUUCUGACGCUGAAAGGCUAAGUUGGAAUAUGUAUAUGUGGCCCUUCUGAAAAUAGUGCUUGGCUGAGAAUUGUGUGAUCCACCUAUAUUAAUCAUUUAGACGGAAAGUGGAGAAUUGUGAAGUGUUCUUCUGUUUUGCAAUUUGCAAUGGAGUUUACCAGUUCCGACACCUGGAAAACUUGCAAUUCAGGCACCGGAUGCUGAAUGUUUAAUACAACUUUUGGUACAUCCUUUCUACAUUAUCUUA